AUGUACGUAACGGUGGUAUUGAUUUUUAGAACAGUGGUUUUUACCCAAUUCUCUUCUCGACCUCACCGACUCCCUAUUCUCUCCGCCUCCAAGCAUCAAAAUUUCCAAUCGUCAAGGGGGAUCGAGUGGCUGAAAGGGGCAGAAACUAUUCUCCAUCACCGUAAAACGAGUAUUAAGGAUGCGCUGAAACUUGUGAGUGUUUGCGAUAUUAAAGAACCGAGGGUCAUGGCUCUACCUAGAGAUGGUGUUCCACCGCUUACCGAUGCUGACAUAGAAGAGUUCGAUCAUCUCAAAAUUCAAAUGGAAGAUAUAAUAUCCGCCACUGACAACUUUAAUCCCACCAAACUCAUCGGUCGAGGUGGGUUUGGUCCGGUUUACAAAGGAGAACUCUCUCUUCUUACAGGACCAACAAUGGUAGCUUUUAAGCGCUUAGAUCCUAGAUUGGGGCAAGGAAAUAUCGAGUUUUGGAAGGAGAUAUUGAUGCUUUCGGAUUGCAAACAUGAAAAUCUUGUCUCUCUCCUGCACUUUUCCAUUGAGGGUGACGAGAGAGUGCUUGUUUACGAAUACGCCUCGCAUGGAAGUCUUGACCACUAUCUAAGUGACAGUAGUCUUACAUGGGAGCAACGCCUACAUAUAUGCAUCGGGGUUGCACAUUCGCUGAAAUAUCUUCAUGAUCCUAUGAAAACACAACAAAUAGUUCUCCAUCGAGACAUUAAAAGUGCAAACAUCCUUCUGGAUGAGCAGUGGAAUGCUAAAGUUUCUGAUUUUGGCUUGUCAAAGAUUUGGCCAUCAAAUCAAACGCGAUCAUAUCUCUUCUCCCAUCCUGUGGGGACACAGGGAUAUUGUGAUCCGUUAUAUGGAGAGACAGGUUUCUUAUCAAAAGAGUCUGACGUGUAUUCCUUUGGUGUGGUACUGUUUGAAGUUCUGUGUGGAAGAUUAUGUUACAAACAUCGUAAUGGUCAAAUUAAUGGCAUUUUAGUGCAUGAUUGGAAACGGUGUUAUCAUGAAAAAAAACUAGAUGAUAUUAUCCUAAAAGAUCUUAAGGAACAAAUAAAUCCGGAUUCUUUGAUAACUUUUUCAACAAUCGGAAACCAAUGUUUAAAUGGAGAUCGUAGAGAAAGACCAACGAUGGAUGAGAUUGUGAAAGAACUUGAGGUUGCACUUGAACAACAAAAUAUUGCUUACAACAGGAAUUUAGUUGAGAUUUCAAAACUUGCGGUGCCUCCACUGUCCUACAGAUCACACGAUGAACUCAUCUUGCUUCUCUCGAAAGGGAUUCUUGUUGAUCAGGGCAAAAGGUGGCUUUCAAUAAAUAAAAACAAAAAAGUUCAUGAAAUGAUAUCUGCAGCAGAAUGUGUGAAAGGAUUUGUGUUUCAAGUGACUGCUGAAAUUUCAAGGUUUUCGAAAAUCUUCCGUGUACAUAGUUUUGUUUUCAAAGUAGAAGUGAGAACUCAGUUUUUAUCGACAGCUAUCCCAUACACGAUAAACCUUAUCUUUAAGCCUAGGAUCAAGAAUUAUGGGAUAUAUAUACCCUUCAAAUACAAAUUGGAAGAGGAGACAGAUUAUUUGAUGUCAGGUGCUGUUCAUCAGAGAAAAGACGGAUGGCUAAUGGCUGAACUUUACCAGUUUACUAGCUACCAAAGAGAACAUGAUUUUAAAAUUGAGUUCUUAUCAGAUUCUAUAACAUUUUCACGAUCCAAAAUUGAAGGCAUUGAGUUUCGGCCCAUGGAGCAUUUAAAAUCAACACGGAUGUGUAUGUUAUACGAAAAUCUUGAGGACAAAAACAAGGGGGAUGUGGAACAAAUAUCAACUUCGGAUGCAGAUUGGGAACAAAAAAUGUGGCCCAAUUAUAUAGAUUUAAUCAACUUGUCAAAAGAUUAUAUAAAGUGGACAACUAAGAAAGAACACUACUUUCUUCUUCGCAAGGGGUUCCUCAUCGACAAUGGUGAAGACAAAUCUUCCAAUUUGUGGCUUUCUUUUAGCAAAAAGAUGAAGAUACGUCUCAUGAUAUCUGCAAGAGCAAUUUUGGUGAAGGGUGAUUGGAUUUGGAAGUCUUUACCGGAAACAAGAUUUGAAGUGGUGGCCGAGUUUCUUGACCAACAACGUUUUGAAGUUUUUUUCCGAAUCAAGUCAGAAUUGUUGUCCCCGGUAACUUAUUCAGGUCUUCUCAUAUACAAACUACCCAAAGACUCUCCCUUGCAUGAUAAUCUCAUAAAGAUGGAGAGUAAGAAUCCCUUUAAACGUAGUCAAUUCUUUUUAGCCCGUCCACCUCCUACCCCUGUUAUUCAAUCCAUGGUUGAUCAAAACUAUGAGAGUUUAUCGCACCCAUGCAAAAUAAAAGGCUAUCCAAAAUUGAGGAAGGAUGGUUGGAUGGAACUUUCAUUGUUUGAAGUGACAACAGAUGCCACCAAGACUAUUGAAAAGAGUCUUAUGUUUAUGGCACCUAACAAUAUGCGAGGCCUUGUCAUUCAAGGGAUUGAGUUUCGGUCAUUGUAAAUGGCAUUUUUUUUUCCUUCUUCAUGUUGUAUUAACAAUAUAAAAUAAUUAUAAUGAAAGAUGUUUAUUAAAGGUUCAG